GAAAACUUUGAUGCCAUGUUUAGCCCAAUGUAAACCGACACUAAGAAAAAAGGGCCCAACGCCUCUCAAUCUUGUUUCCUUGUUUUCCAUUUUUUCUUCCUUAAACCCUCCGAUUUUUCCUUUUCCAUAAAACCGUCAGUCACCGCCGUUGAGUUCCCCCCAGCAGCUGCGGCUCCGCCACCCUCUCCGAAUCCCCCUCUUCCCACCCCUUUCAGCUGUGCCGCCAAAUCUAUCGUCAUGCCUCAGGGAGACUAUAUCGACCUGCACAGGAAGAGAUAUGGGCACCGCCUUGAUUUCUUCGAGCGCAAGCGCAAGAAGCAGGCUCGGGAAGUUCACAAGAAAUCCCAAAAAGCACAAAAGGUUUUCUUUUCUUUUUUCUUUUUUUUUUUUGUACCUGACCUUUCUCUUUUCGUAUGAAAUGGAAUCAAAACCUGAUCCUUUUGGUGGGUGUUUGUUGUUUUUGGUGGAUUGGAUGUAGGCAAUUGGUAUAAUGGGUAAGAAAAUUGCUAAGCAGAAUUAUGCUGAGAAAGCCCUAAUGAAGAAAACGUGAGUGAAAUCCUUCUUUCUUUCUUCCCCCUUUCCUUGGUGUUUGUUUUCUGUAACGAUUAGCUUUUUUAUAUAGAAGUCAUGAGCUUUGAGGGUUCAUUAUUGAAUUUUGCUGCAAUUUUUCUUUUUUCUAUUAAGCCCUGGAAACUUAGGAGCUCUUUACAUGCUAAUUUACUCAGUUGUAUUCAGUAGCAUACAGAGUUGUACCAAACGCAUUGAACAUAUAGAGCUUUUGGUUUCAUGAAGAGUUGAGUUUGUUCCAUUUUAAUUUUCUCUUCUGUAGUAUAGCUGGGGUUUUAGAGUUGGAUGAAGAAGUACUAUUCCAUCAUUAAGGAGAGAAUUGAUUGUAAACCCAAAAAUUUUGGUGUCUGGUGAUUCAAUUUCAGUUUUGUUACAUCUAUGCAACAUGAAGGGUAUCAUAUUAUUUAGGUUGCUUGCUCGGCUUUGCUAUGAAGUAGUGUUGGCAGGAAUGAUGUUUACGAAUUGCAUAAUCUAGCAUAUUAUAGCAUGCUUUGUAAUAGUUCAGGUAUCUUUUGUCCUAAUCAAAUACAGGCACCUUUUCCCCAAAAAAUAAAAAAUAAAUUAAUCCUCACUGUCCAAUGAAGUCGGAAGUAUACUGUAAUGUUGAUCUCUGAUGAGUGGUUGGUUUUGACUGACUUUUCUUGACAUUAUAGUCUGGCUAUGCACGAGGAGAAAUCAACUAGGCGCAAGGUUGAAGAUGAUGUCCAAGAAGGAGCUGUCCCUGCGUAUCUUCUUGAUCGUCAACAGACAUCAAGAGCGAAGGUUCUUAGCAACACUAUCAAGCAGAAGAGAAAAGAGAGAGCAGGAAAAUGGGACGUUCCUCUUCCUAAGGUUCGACCUGUGGCUGAAGAUGAGAUGUUCAGAGUUGUCAGAACUGGGAAAAGGAAAACUAAGCAAUGGAAGAGGAUGAUCACCAAAGCUACUUUUGUGGGUCCAAGUUUUACAAGGAAGCCACCCAAGUAUGAGCGGUUCAUUCGGCCUUCCGGUUUAAGAUUCACAAAAGCUCAUGUGACUCAUCCCGAACUUAAGUGUACUUUCAACCUUGAGAUUAUUGGGGUAAAGAAGAACCCCAACGGUGCAAUGUAUACAUCUCUUGGAGUUUUGACCAGAGGAACAAUCAUUGAGGUUAAUGUCAGCGAGUUAGGGCUUGUGACCCCUGCUGGAAAGGUUGUCUGGGGAAAAUAUGCGCAAGUUACAAAUAACCCUGAAAAUGAUGGCUGUAUUAAUGCAGUUUUGCUAGUGUAGAAAGCAAUUAGCCAUUCUGUUAAUGAGCACCAAUUUUGUAAAACUGAGAAGCCUCUGUAAUGACCGAUAUAAUUUCCGACUAAUCCCGUCCUAUGUUUCUGCUUAUGUGAACCAUUUCUGUUUGUCCGUGUUUCAGUUUCUUCUUCUUCUUUUUUUUUUGGCAUUUAUUUUACUAUAAUGUGAAAUCUGAUC